CAUCUUUUCCCCCUCUCUCUCUCUCUCUUCCUCCUCCAUAACCAAAAUCACCAAAACUUUUUCUAUAAGCCUCUUCUUCUCUUCUUAUGCAACAAAAAUAUAUUAAUUGAAUCACUAGAUUUAUUUAUUAACCUUUUGCUUUUGUUUUUUUUAUUCAACUUCAAUGGAGGGUCAUCAUCUCCAACAUCAUCAACAGCAUCAACACCAACAGCAUCAACAACAUCAUCAACAGCAUCAACAAAGACAACAUCAACAACAUGCUCAUAACAUCAUAGGUACUAGUAGUGUUAACGUUGAUGUCACGGAUAGGUUUCCUCAAUGGAGCAUCCAAGAAACAAAAGAGUUUCUUAUGAUCCGUUCAGAACUAGAUCAAACUUUCAUGGAGACAAAGAGGAACAAACAGCUUUGGGAAGUUAUCUCUAACACUAUGAAGGAAAAGGGUUAUCAUAGAAGUGCAGAACAGUGCAAGUGCAAGUGGAAAAACCUUGUUACUCGCUAUAAGGGAUGUGAAACAAUGGAGGUAGAAGCCAUGAGACAACAAUUUCCAUUUUACAAUGAGCUUCAAGCUAUUUUUAGUGCAAGGAUGCAAAGAAUGCUAUGGGCUGAAGCAGAAGGAGGAUCAAAGAAGAAAGGGGUGCAUGUGUCUUCUGAGGAUGAAGAAGAGUUAGGCAAUGAAGAAAGUGAGGGAGAUCACAAGGGGAACAUUAAAAAGAAGAAGAAAAAAGGUAAAAUGAUAAUUGGUGGUGGAGGAAAUGAUAACAAUGGUAGCAACAAUUUGAAGGAGAUUCUUGAGGAGUUUAUGAGGCAACAAAUGCAAAUGGAAGCUCAAUGGAUGGAAGCAUUUGAAGCAAGAGAGAAUGAGAGGAGAUUGAAGGAGAUGGAGUGGAGACAAAGAAUGGAAGCAUUGGAGAAUGAGAGGAUAAUGAUGGAACAAAGAUGGAGAGAAAGGGAAGAACAAAGAAGGAUUAGAGAAGAAGCUAGGGCUGAAAAAAGAGAUGAAUUAAUCACUGCUUUGCUUGAUAAGCUUACAAGAGAAGACAUGUAGUAGUUUCUUUGGUUAGUUGCUAAUAGAGCUAACUAUUUUGUAUUGUUUCUUCCUCACAUCAAGCAAUGCUUGUUUUAGAGGUUUGUUCUAUGAACUCUCAAUUUAGUUUGAAGAUAGCUUUAUUUAUGAUCAUCAAUUUAGUGGUAAUUUUGACAUUUUUGAUUUUGGAUCCUGCACUCCUAUAUAACUGUUGAUUUUUGAGUUAGAUAUGA